GUCUGCAUUCAUAAUGGGGGGAGUAUACAGAUGUAAUAUACUCUUGUAAGGGGUGAAACUCGAUUCUAGGACCUCUGAGAUCAAGGUGAUCGAUGCCAACACCAUUUAGACCAUCACUUGCUGCUCGUAAAGACAUUUUUAUGUGUGCACAUAGACCAUCAGGAAAAGAGGUCACAAGUCAACAAAAUAUGAAGUUUUAAUACAUAGAUAAAUAAUAUUAAUUAUACGAAAACAGUUUAGAUUUAUAUUGCUGAAUGCUGAUGACAUAGUAUGGCUUUUUUUUUUUUUUUUAAGAAAAUGUCGUAUGACAUUCUACUUAUAAAUUAAUUUCAUUCUAAAAAAAAUAAGAAAACAAAUCCAAACUAAUUGUGACCUGUCUUUUUUUUUUUUUUUUUGAGGGGUCUUGUCUUUUUAGUAAGUCUAAUCUUAAUUGAACACCUAAUUUUUGCCAACUUACUACAAUCGUCCUAAUUAGUAGUUAUCAAGGAGAUCAAAAUUCAAAGAAAGAAAAAGAAAAAGCUAGACAAUUGCACAAAAUUCAUAAUUUCUGGGCAAAAAAAAAAAUAUCAACAAUUCAACAUGAGGGUUUUGCGGGUUUUCCCCCCUUUUCCCAUACAGCUCCCUUUUCCCACGAAUUAUACCCGUUCUUUCAUCAACACUACUUAAUUAAUUUAGGUUUAAUUAAUCUAAUUAAUUCAAUUUAAUAUUUUUACAUCGUACUCUCUAAAUGAAAUGAUAAUAAUUUAUUACAAAAAAAAUCCCAGUUAAUAAUUCCCAACAUCAUUCAUCAUGAUGUUCUUCCCAGUGGUGGUUUUUUCUUCCCAAGAGGAAGACUCUCCCUGCCCAAGACAAGGUGAAGAGUUUACUGAGGAAAUUGCUGUAAUGGCUGAGAAUGAAGCCUCAGGCAGCCAAGGAUGGAGAUCUUCACUCUCGUUGCCAUCUUCAGAGGAUGUUGCUAGAGCUGUGGCAGCUGCUGCUACUUCUGUUAGUUCACCAAGACCAUCCGUAGUCUUCUCUUCAAAUGACGAUGGCUCUCAUUCCCCGUUAAAGAGAAUACAGAAUCAGGUAUCAAAGGUGCUAAAAGGCUUUUCAAAAUCUUCCGACAAAAGAAGUCUCACUUACAAUCCAGAAGUGUUAACAAAGCAAAAGCGUCAGUGGGCCAGCUUUCAGUUAGAAUCAUUGGACCAGCGUUCUUUUAAAGAGCCAUCAAAACUUUUGGAGAGCAUGGUAGUUGUUGGGCUUCCUCCUAGUUUUGAUGCUCAAGAACUAAAAAAACGAUUACUUGCUAGGAAGUCUGAGGGCUCAGGAAGAUUUCGAAUUGCUUUAAGUGGUCAUAAUCAAUCUCGUGUAGAGCCUAACUUUGAGCCCCAGGUUUUAUUUGUUUAUCCUCCAGAAAAGCAAUUACCCCUCAAAUACAGGGAUCUUUUAUCCUUUUGCUUCCCCGGUGGUGUCGAGGUUCAUGCUAUUGAGAAGAGUUCUUCAAUGAGCGAGUUGAAUGAGAUACUUCUUGGACAGGAACAUCUCAAACAGAGUGAGUUGUCUUUCGUGUUUCGUUUGCAGCAGGGUGCUGAUAAUUCAACUCUGUACGGAUGUUGUAUUUUGAUGGAAGAACUUGUGGAUAAACCUUCCCGGUUGAUUUCUUUGAUUUCUGAUAGCCAACCUGUUAGCUCAUGCUUGGGACGGUAUAUAUUUACCACAAAACGCUGUUAUUGCAUACUUUCACGGUUACCCUUUUUCGGGUUGCAUUUUGGUGUACUGAAAAGCAUAUUUAUGGAAGAAAGAUUGGAACGCUUAACAAAAAGUAUCAGUGUCUUGGAUCUGGAAAUGGCAGAUACUGGUAACAAGGUAGAAGGGUUAGAAGAAAAUGACGAAAUGACUGUCAAAUUGUCAACAAAACAUAUCUCGGAGGAUGACACGGUUUCAAAACAUAUCUCGGAGGAUGACACAAAUGAAACCGUGGUAACUUCUCAAUCAUGUUCUAGUGGAACGACUGCUUCCACUACAGUGAAUGAUGUAGGAAGCCAGCUAGCCAACUCUGAUCUCGAGGGAAUCUCCUCCACUUUGAGGGAUGAUACUGAUGAUUCUCUUACAAUCAUAAGUUAUGAAAAAGAUACCAUUGCAUCUGAUAAAGAGCCUAUUGUAACCAAACAAAAUUAUGAAGCAAGUGAUACCGAUGUAGAUAACUCUUCUACGAGCAAGCCAACCAUGGAAAAGUCUAUACCAGGUGCGGUUUGGCCGCUGCUUCGCCACCAGCAGUUUGAGAGUUCUGAACUUUCCUGCAGUCAGGGCUCUCCUUGUGACGAGAGACAAUUGAGGAGUGAGAAUGAUGAGACAGAUAUUAGAGAAACAUCUAUCUCUGGCCAGGGAGAUUUUAGCAGCCAUAUUGACAUACUUGACUGGGCUAAGGCAAAUAGUCAUGGGUCUUUACAAAUUAUAUGUGAAUAUUACAAGGUUGAUUGUCCGCCAAGGGGUUCAGGUAUUACUUUUCAUCCGCUAGAGCAUUUGCAUCCUUUGGAGUUUCAUAGGCCAACUGAAAAAGCCCUGGAUGUUUCUGGCUCACCGCUAGAUCUAAAAUCGUGUAGGACAAGCCUUGAGAGGGUAGAGGUACUGAAUGCGUUGAUAUCUGAGGAAGAGGCUACAUCUUUAUCAGUAGUGACCAUUUCAUGCAUUUGUGGGUUUUUAAGGCUUGAGCAUGUCUUGACAUUGUUUGCAGGAGCCUUGCUAGAGAAACAGAUCAUAUUUGUUUGCUCUAAUUUGGGAAUAUUGUCAGCUUCAGUUCUCUCGCUUAUUCCUUUGAUACGUCCCUAUCAGUGGCAGAGCCUGUUAAUGCCGGUUUUACCAAAUGAUAUGCUCGAUUUUCUUGAUGCACCUGUGCCAUAUGUAGUUGGUGUACAGAGCAAAUCUUCUGAACUGCACUCAAAGUUGACAAAUGCCAUCUUGGUGGACAUCAGCAAGAAUCAGGUGAAAUCACAGUCGAUGCCACAAUUGCCACAACAAAGGAAUUUACUAGCCUCCUUGGCUCCCUACUAUUCUAAGCUUGUUGGAGAAAGCUAUUUGGGAAAAAAGAGACCCAUCUAUGAAUGUACCGAUUUGCAGGUUGAAGCUGCCAAAGGUUUCAUGGAAGUGUUGAAAAACUACUUAGAUUCUCUUUGCUCUAAUCUCCGUUCUCACACAAUAACUAACGUGCAGUCCAAUGAUGAUAAGGUAUCACUGCUUUUAAAGGAGAGCUUCAUCGACUCAUUUCCUAGCCAUGAUCGACCUUUUAUGAAGCUUUUUGUCGACACACAACUCUUCUCUGUACAUACAGAUCUUGUUCUGUCCUUUUAUCAGAAGGACUAAAGCUACUGCCAAAAGUUGGCAUCUUUAUUUACUUCACUGUUCUUACUUAAGGCUUAAUUAAUACGCAUAUCCAAGGGUUUUCAACACCACAAACCAAGCUUAAGGGGUAUGAGUAUCUACUUCCACACUAAGUUAUCUAUACUCGGUGCAUAUUGUGUGUCGAAGUGUCAGACUUGGCUUACGUCAUGAAAAUAAUUUCAUGUUCCUCAUCCGAAAUGGAGAGUUAAGUCCAUACCCAUGUCAAGCUGUCGAGAACCUGACACGCAUACUUGAGGUGUAAUGAAGAGUUCAAGUAGUUCGAGGUGUAAAACUCUUUUGUGAUAUAAAAAAGAUAAUGCAAAAAUGUUGUAGACAUCAUGUUUGUAGUUAUGUGUUUGAGGUGGGUAAUAAGGUGUUUGGAGCAGAUAGAUAAAUCGCUUUCGAAUGAUAAAGAACGGUUUUCGAAUCAUAAAGAAGGCUUUCACUGAAGUAGAGCAUGUACGUGUUAGGGUUGAUGUUUCCUUAGUGGUGAUUUUAGAGCUUUGCUAUUGUGGUCCAAAAACACAGAGUUGAGCUGGAUAAUUGGACCACAUUUGGCUCAUCAUUGCUAACACAAAAUGGCUGUCUUCCUCUAAGGAACACCUUUCUUUUGUGAUUUCUGUAAAAGAGAAAAACUCAAUACAACAAUUUGGUUUUUUUUACAGUAAUAGGGUUGUUCUCAAACUUCUUCAUACAUGUAUGUAAAUUUUGUAUACUAUCAGAAUGAAUUCAGAUGUAAUAGUGGUGUAAAAGCUUUGUUCUUACACCAAUUUCAUCUCUCUGCUUUUUUAUUUUUUAUUUUUAUUUUUAUUUU